UUACGAAGAAUAAACCAGCCGUUCUCUUAUUGAUAAACGCAUUGUUAAACCCUUCACCUAGUGACAACAAUGGCGAAUUCGGUCAGCGAGGAAAUGCAAAGAAUAAAAAAUAUAAUCAGUAGAAUGAGAACGGAAACUGACAUUAAGGUUAACGAAGAGCUCAUAGAUUCGGUUACAAAACCUGGCGAAAAUUGGGUUGGAGAAAUUUACAGUGUUAAGGCAAGUCGGUAUCAAUCCUCGGAAAAUCUUUUUUUAGUAAUAAAAAUUGCCCCCUAUGAUUUAACGUACAGGAAAAUGUUUAAUGCUGCCUCCUUGUUCCAACGUGAGAUAUACUACUAUGACAAGAUAAUACCGGAAUGCAUAGCAAUACAGCGAGAAAGACGCAUAGCAAAGAUCUUUCAUCCGUUCCCAAGGCACUACUUCUCGUCAAAGAAAGAUCUGGAGGAGGCUAUAGUGAUGGAUGAUAUGAGACAGAAGAGCUUCAUUGUCGGGAAUCACCGCCAGAUAGUGGAUUACGAAACCGCUCUUUUGGUUAUGAAGACCUUAGGAAAGUUUAAUGCAUUGUCGUUUGCAAUUAAAGAACACAAUCCGGACGUGUUUGAGGAAAUAAGGUUAAAUUGUGAAGACAACUUCUUGACAAGUCCGCCAUUUUUGUCAACUCAAAUUAUUUCCACCUGUGGUUACGGAAAUGAACAAAUUCACGUCGACCAUGGUGUUGUUACCCAUGGCGAUCCACAGAUAAGGAACUUCCUGUUUAAAUACAAUACCGCAUCUACCAUUCCAAAAGAAUGUUGCAUGAUUGAUAUGCAAAUCGGACGGAUCGGAUCGCCAGCAUUAGACAUCCUGUUUUUUAUGUUUGUCACCACGGAUAAAGGUCUUAGAAGAUCUCACUACAAACACUUGAUUGAAGAAUACUACAGUAGCCUGUCUACAUUUUUGCGAGAGCUGGGAUGCGAACCCGACACUUUGUUACCUUUCGGCGUUCUUCAGAGUCACUUACGUAUGUUUGCCCCCAUUGGGUUAAUGUUAGCGAUAUGGAUAGUUGGCCUAAAUUUUAAAAAUCCCGAAGACGCUCCCCAAAAGGACAACCUCACUGAAGAGUCAUUAACGAAUAAUUUUUCUACGGUUAAUGACGAACGGCAUUUCACAAGGAUUAAAGACUUGGUUGUUGAUAUGCUUGACUACGGAUACGAAUUCUGUUAA